UUGUAUUCUAAUGUAAAACUCUAUAACUCUUUGUGAGUCCAACGAUGAAUAUUUUCAGCUGGACAGUUUGUCAAGAUAUUGUUCUUGGUUUUGCUAACCAAGGUCUGUAUAAAGUCUUGCACAUUAUUACACCAUGACCAAACACAUAUUUCAUUGGCCUUGAGCAGUUCCUGGUUUGCUUUUGUGUAUUGAGCCAAAAGGUUGAAAUGCUUUUGAGGUAAGCUGUCAGACCAUUUUACCUCAGCCUGUGGCUGAAGACUGCAGUGUUAGCAUGGGAUUUUAGCUUUGUAAUGAAAAAAGAGAAUGCUAAAGGUGUGCUCUAAUGCUUGGAUUAAUAUAUUAUCCUAUUAAAAAAUUCUUAAUAGUGAGAUUAAACUGUAGGUGAGACAUUUCCUCAUGCCUUUUUAUAAUUCAUGAUUAAAAUAGAGCCCAUUAAUGUUGAGGGGAAGUGCACUUCCCCCUCACAUACAUGUUGGGCACAUGUUUUCAAUUUUAUUAAUUAAAAAGUUUCAUGAAUUAAUUACUACCUAUUGAUGGUGCACAGCAAAUUUACUGGAGUUAAAUUUAUGGUGUACAUUUUUUGGUGUUGCCCAGUGUUAAACCCGGAGUACAUUUUAAUUCUCUAGGGGUUAAAAUGCAUCUAUAAAAAGAGUUAUUUUUCAGAGUUAAACUUUUAACUCUGUAAGCGGUGCAUUUCCCACAAUCCUAAACGGCUCUUCAUUUGGAAGACCACAAGGAGAUGAGUACGCAGUUCAAAGAAACUGCAUGGAUUUCGUUGGAUUGGAGUUCGUUUAUAUCUGAGCACCACGCGCAUCAGUAACAAUGCUGUUCACAGUAAUCUACGGAGGAAAGAAAAAGCUGAUAAAAGUAGAUGGAGCAGAUUACACUAGUUUAAUGACUCAAGUUAAGAAGAAAUUCUCAAUAAGUGAGAAAGAUCUGAUGUUACAAGAUGACACUGGUGUUGAGGUGGAUGAAGAUGUAUUCACUGACUUGCUGGAGGAGAGAUCACAUGAUAUCCUAUGGAGAGUUGUUGACAAAGUUUCCGUGUCGUCUGAGACUGAUGACAGUGCUGGACCAAGCUCCAAGAGACCUCGUCUUGAUGGACUUUUUGAGGCAAAACAGUUUGUUAGAAACAUUUUAGUGGAAAAUGCUGGAGGACCUGCGAUUUUGGAUGAAUAUAAAGAACAUGGAAAACUCACAGACUCAGCCCGCGACACUUGGUUAACAUUGUUGUUGCACAUUACUGACAAAGAAGGCCGUGUCCCUUCUAAAGAAACAAAAACUCGUUGUGCCUUGGGAAUUGUAACUCUGUUCCCAUCACUGAAGGAUCCAUACUCAAGAACUGGAUAUGAACAUUUUUAUGACCCUAAGAGCAACCAAGGAUACAUAUCUUGGCGACUCAAAACAGUUUUGCGGCAAAGCAAACACCAUGGUGGACACCACAGCAAGAAGGAUGCCAGGUCAAGUGGAACAUCAGACAGUGAGGGCAGUGGAGGACCAACAGCUUAUAGAGAAACUUGCAACCAUUUGGAACUGCAGUUAGAGGGUGAUCAAUGCAAAGAAGCGAUAUCUUUCAUGAAUCAUUGUGCAGAAAAGGACCUGAUUUUUGAGAAGAUGAAAGCCACAUUCAAGCACAGACAGCUCCUUAUUCAUGAUGCAGCAAAGUCCAAUACAGUGCUUUCAGUUUUUCCACGAUUUCUUGACACCAAGGGAUUGAUACUUCAAGAUUUUGAUGUCCAAUUUGGAACAGAAACAUCCUCCAGACUUCUUGAACAAUGGGACAGUCUGAAGCCCAAGAUCAUUGCAGAAGCAAGAACACUUACUUCGACCUUGCAUCUGACAAACCUGCUCUCAGAUGCCCAGGGCAACAGUCAAGAUGAGGGUUCCGAUUGGCAAGGAUGGGACAGCGACAUGUCCUCUAUUUUACUCCUGGCCUACCUUUUGCCACCUUCACCUGGUGGUAGGAACAAAUCCACCAAGAUCAGCAUCAGAGAGGCAAUGGACCACAUUGUGCAGUUUCACAAGGCUUGCCGUAGUCUAACUGAACACAUUAACAAGUCUGAAGGCCUUCAACCACAUCUCCUUGCAGUUGGCUCAGCGAAGAACAUCAUCCAUGAUUUUUACAUCGUGCUGGACGGAAAGCUUCUUCCAUGUCAGGCAAAGUCUUCUCUUGCUGCUUUUGAUGUACUUUUUAAAGCAUACUUUGUCUUUAGCGUGUCAUACCCCCACUGCUUAAGUGCAAUGUAUACAUUCAUCCAGACAACUAUCUACAAGAUAGAUCUUGGUACAGUCCAUGAAACCCCUAGGGUUAAAGACCUACGAGCUAAACUUUUGAAUUACUUAAGCUAGAUUAAAAUGUUUCGCUGCUUUGUUUGCAAACUGGUACAUUCUAAAAUCAAUAAACUUGUUUGUCACCUAAAACUUAUUCAUGCUUACUAUCCAGGGAAAAAAUUAAACCUGAAAUGUGCACAGAACAACUGUAAACAUAGCUUCAUGACUUAUGCUGGAUUUCGAAAACACUUUAGUGUUCAUGGAAAUGACUACCUAGACCAAAUUGUGACUGAGAAUCUAACUGAUGAAGAUAAUGAACAGAUUGAGGUAAUGACAGAUUUAAAUAAUGAUCUUGAAAUACCAGAGACAUCAUCCAUAAAUGAUAAAAGGAGAGGUACUGAAACUCAAAAAAUGUGUGCAUCCAUUAUUGCUAGAUUGCAAAACAGUGGGGUAGCAACCAGUGUUGUAACAUCUGUAGUAUCGGAUUUGGAAGAACUGGUACAUGAAAUUCAUUCAAAUAUCAAAAGUGAGGUGAUGAAUCAACUUCCAUCUGAUGAUUUUGCAACAUCAUCUAAAAUAGAACACUGUUUUGAUCAUCUUAGUAAUCCAUUCUCAAAGCUAAAUACAGAAACCAAAUGGAAAAAAUAUAUCAAAGAAAAAUGGGCUGUAGUUGACCCUGCAGAGAUCAAAUUAGGGGUAAGAUUUGAUAGUAGAUUG